GCGGCCGCGCCGUGCGUGGCCCCCGCAGCCAGCAGCGGGCCCCGCGGUGCGGAAAGGGAGGGCGCGCCGCGAGCGGAGGCGCGGCGCUCCCGCAACAAAUCCCCAGCCCCCGAGACGAGCAGAGGAAAGGGGAUGCCGAGGCGGCGGCGACCCGGAGGAGGAACCGAAGGCGGAGGUCCCGAAGCGGGAGGACAGGCCCCCACCAUGUCCGCGUCCGCGUCCGCGUCCGCGCCCUCGCCCUCCCCGCCCGCCGGCGAGCCGCCGUCCCCGCCGCCGCCGCCGGUGCCCGGGCUGUUCUACUGCUACGAGUGCGGGAGGACGGCCGACCGGCACGGGCCGCUGCCCGCCCCGCCCUCCUCUCCGCACCGCGUCUGCCCGAGCUGCUGCCGCGGCUUCCUCGAGGAGAACCCUCCGCCGCCGCCGUCGCCGCCCCCGCCCCCGCCCUUCCCCGGCUCCGUCUCCGUCUCCGGCUCCGGCUCAUCCUCCUCAUCCGAGCUCUCCGACGACGACGACGACGACGACGUCGACCUGCUCAGCACGGACUACGACUCCGCGCGCGAGUUCAUCCGGCGCUUCGUCGGCCACGGGCCCCACGAAGGGCCCCUCGUCGGCGACUUCGCCGCGGUCGCAGCCAUGUCCGCGCUCCGGGACCACCCCCACCGCCCCGGCGAGGGUGCCGCCGUACUCCACCGGCACCUCGGCCUCCCCCUGGCCCCCGCCGCCGCCAGGGGCGGGGAGCCCCCCGCCUCGGCCGCGUCCAUCGCCGCGCUGCCCACGGUCGAGGUGGCCGAGCCCGCCGCCGCCUGCGCCAUCUGCAAGGACGACCUGCCCCUCGCCUCCCAGGCACGGAAGCUCCCCUGCGCCCACCUCUACCACUCCUCCUGCAUCGUCACCUGGCUCGAGAUGCACAACUCCUGCCCCGUCUGCCGCUUCCGCAUCCCCUUCCCGGAGGGGGCCGCGCCGUCGGAGCAGGACUCGCCGCCCACGCGGAUCACCAUCCGCUUCUCGACAACCACCCGCCGCCGCGGCCGCGUACACGCUGGUGCGGCGGUGGCUGCUCCGGUCUCGGCGUCGCCCACGCAGCUCGCGCAGGCUGUCACCGGGGACGGAGCUGGUGGACCUGCCAAUAGCGGCGAGACCGUGUCGUCUGAGUGGCCUCCGCACCCUGAGUCCGAUGCAGUCAUGUCGGAGGCCCGCGAGGGGGAUGGCUUUUUUGAUUGAGCCAGAGGUUCCCAUUAUCAGGUCAUAAGGUAGCUGUUGUUAGCUGUCAGCCAACAAGAGUAGAAAGGAGUCCAUGAUAUGCCGGUUUGUCAUGUUCCUGUCGAUAAGCAUGUUGUUACAUGCUGAACUAAGUUGUCCAAUGAGGAUACCAACGGCAUUCGUUGCAUGGGUUCUCCGUGUCUUGUAUAUUGGUUAAACUUAUUUCGUAAUUAAUAAAUAUAAUUAUGUACA